AUGGCCCCAAACGCAACUGUCAAGCUGGCUUCGGGUCAUCAGAUGCCGCUGGUUGGCUUCGGGCUAUGGAAAGUGCCAGCCGAAUCAGCAGCAGAUACUGUAUACAACGCUAUCAAGACAGGCUACCGUCUGUUUGAUGGUGCAUACGACUACGCCAAUGAGAAGGAGGCAGGCCAAGGUAUCCAGCGCGCCAUCAAAGAAGGCCUCGUCAAUCGCGAAGACAUCUUCGUAACAACCAAACUCUGGAACAACUUCCACCGCAAAGAUCAUGCACUCCAAAUGGCCAAAGCCCAGAAUGACGCCUGGGGUCUCGGCUACAUCAAUCUCUACCUCAUUCAUUUCCCUGUAGCACUGAAGUACGUCAACCCGGAAGAGAUCAGAUACCCCGGCUGGUGGAUGGACAAGGAGCACAAGACCAUCUCACUCGACAAAGUCCCGAUACAAGAGACAUGGCAAGCACUCGAAGAAGUAGUCGAUGCCGGCAUUGCGAAGUCGAUCGGGAUCUCAAACGCGCAGGCACAACUCCUCUACGACAUGAGCUCUUAUGCAAAGCACCCGAUCUCUUCCCUGCAGAUUGAGCAUCAUCCAUACCUCGUGCAGCCAGACCUCAUCACUUUGGCCCAGGAGCUCGGCAUCGUCGUCACUGCAUACUCCUCAUUCGGACCACAGUCUUUCUUGGAACUGCCAGAAGCCUUCCGCGAGCGUGCCAAGGACAUGUCUCUGCUCUGGGAUGUAGAGCCAGUCAAGAAAGCAGCACAGCGAACUGGAAAGACUCCAGCGCAGGUUCUGCUGAGGUGGGCGACGCAGAGGAAUAUUGCCGUGAUACCAAAGUCGAACAAUGUCAAUAGGCUGCAGCAGAAUCUGGAAGUGACGGACUUUGACUUGCAGGAGGAUGAGAUAAAGGCUAUUGCUGCGCUGGACCAGGGUUUGAGGUUCAAUGAUCCUGGGUUUUAUCUGCAUGAGCCGAUUAGGAUAUUUGCUUAG